AUGACACAGUCAACCAGCAUUGGACCAAAUUCAAAUGUGACUACAAGAAGCAUCUCUUCGGCCUCUUCCACUCUUGCAUCAAGCAAUCAGACAGUGGAAACUAUAGGACCUAGCAAACCAACAACAAUUCCUGUUUCCCAAACAGACUUAGCAAUGAGUUCAGAAAAGCCAACAAAUCGGACUUCGUCUCAACAAACAAUGACCAAUAGUUCUACCUCCAACACUAUGUCUUCUACGCCUUUUACAUCUUUACACUCAAGCAGUACAUUCAACUCUACAACAGAUGUAAAGGCAACCAACUCUGGUAUCACAGGUCAGACAACCACAGCAAACAGUACUCUAUCUGCGACUGGUCCAAGCAGUACAUUCAACUCUACAACAGAUAUAAAGGCAACAAACUCUGGUAACACAAGUCAGACCAUAAUAGCAAACAGUACUCCAUCUACAACUGGUCCAGGAAAUUCAACAACUGAAACCUCAUCAAUGACACCGUCAACCAGCAUUGGACCAAAUUCAAAUGUGACUACCAAGAGCAUAUCUUCGGCCUCUUCCAAUCUUGCAUCAAGCAAUCAGGCAAUUGAAACUACAGGACCUAGCAAACCAACAACAAUUCCUGUUUCCCAAACAGACUUAACAAUGAGUUCAGAAAAGCCAACAAAUCGGACUUCGUCUCAACAAACAAUGACCAAUAGUUCUACCUCCAACACUAUGUCUUCUACGCCUUUUACAUCUUUACACUCAAGCAGUACAUUCAACUCUACAACAGAUGUAAAGGCAACCAACUCUGGUACCACAGGUCAGACAACCACAGCAAACAGUACUCUAUCUGCGACUGGUCCAAGCAGUACAUUCAACUCUACAACAGAUAUAAAGGCAACAAACUCUGGUAACACAGGUCAGACCAUAAUAGCAAACAGUACUCCAUCUACAACUGGUCCAGGAAAUUCAACAACUGAAACCUCAUCAAUGACACAGUCAACCAGCAUUGGACCAAAUUCAGAUGUGACUACAAGAAGCAUCUCUUCGGCCUCUUCCACUCUUGCAUCAAGCAAUCAGACAGUGGAAACUAUAGGACCUAGCAAACCAACAACAAUUCCUGUUUCCCAAACAGACUUAACAAUGAGUUCAGAAAAGCCAACAAAUCGGACUUCGUCUCAACAAACAAUGACCAAUAGUUCUACCUCCAACACUAUGUCUUCUACGCCUUUUACAUCUUUACACUCAAGCAGUACAUUCAACUCUACAACAGAUGUAAAGGCAACCAACUCUGGUAUCACAGGUCAGACAACCACAGCAAACAGUACUCUAUCUGCAACUGGUCCAAGCAGUACAUUCAACUCUACAACAGAUAUAAAGGCAACAAACUCUGGUAACACAAGUCAGACCAUAAUAGCAAACAGUACUCCAUCUACAACUGGUCCAGGAAAUUCAACAACUGAAACCUCAUCAAUGACACAGUCAACCAGCAUUGGACCAAAUUCAAAUGUGACUACCAAGAGCAUAUCUUCGGCCUCUUCCAAUCUUGCAUCAAGCAAUCAGACAUUGGAAACUACAGGACCUAGCAAACCAACAAUAGUUCAUCUUUCCCAAAAUGACUCAACAACGAGUUCAGCAAAGCCAACAAGUCAAACUUCGCCCCAAAAAACAAUGAGCAAUAGUUCUACCUCCAACACUAUGUCUUCUACGCCUUUUAUAUCUUUACACUCAAGCAGUACAUUCAACUCUACAACAGAUGUAAAAGCAACCAACUCUGGUACCACAGGUCAGACAACCACAGCAAACAGUACUCCUUCAGCGACUGGUCCAGGACAUUCAACAUUUGAAGCCUUAUCUAUGACACAGUCACCCAGCAUUGGACCAAAUUCAAAUGUGACUACAAGUAGCAUCUCUUCGGCCUCUUCCACUCUUGCAUCAAGCAAUCAGACAGUGGAAACUACAGGACUUAGCAAACCAACAACAAUUCCUGUUUCCCAAACAGACUUAACAAUGAGUUCAGAAAAGCCAACAAAUCGGACUUCGUCUCAACAAACAAUGACCAAUAGUUCUACCUCCAACACUAUGUCUUCUACGCCUUUUACAUCUUUACACUCAAGCAGUACAUUCAACUCUACAACAGAUGUAAAGGCAACCAACUCUGGUAUCACAGGUCAGACAACCACAGCAAACAGUACUCUAUCUGCGACUGGUCCAAGCAGUACAUUCAACUCUACAACAGAUAUAAAGGCAACAAACUCUGGUAACACAAGUCAGACCAUAAUAGCAAACAGUACUCCAUCUACAACUGGUCCAGGAAAUUCAACAACUGAAACCUCAUCAAUGACACAGUCAACCAGCAUUGGACCAAAUUCAAAUGUGACUACCAAGAGCAUAUCUUCGGCCUCUUCCAAUCUUGCAUCAAGCAAUCAGACAGUGGAAACUACAGGACCUAGCCAACCAACAAUAGUUCAUCUUUCCCAAAAUGACUCAACAACGAGUUCAGCAAAGCCAACAAGUCAAACUUCGCCCCAAAAAACAAUGAGCAAUAGUUCUACCUCCAAAACUAUGUCUUCUACGCCUUUUAUAUCUUUACACUCAAGCAGUACAUUCAACUCUACAACAGAUGUAAAAGCAACCAACUCUGGUACCACAGGUCAGACAACCACAGCAAACAGUACUCCCUCAGCGACUGGUCCAGGACAUUCAACAUUUGAAGCCUUAUCUAUGACACAGUCACCCAGCAUUGGACCAAAUUCAAAUGUGACUAUAAGUAGCAUCUCUUCGGCCUCUUCCACUCUUGCAUCAAGCAAUCAGAAAGUGGAAACUACAGGACUUAGCAAACCAACAACAAUUCCUGUUUCCCAAACAGACUUAACAAUGAGUUCAGAAAAGCCAACAAAUCGGACUUCGUCUCAACAAACAAUGACCAAUAGUUCUACCUCCAACACUAUGUCUUCUACGCCUUUUACAUCUUUACACUCAAGCAGUACAUUCAACUCUACAACAGAUGUAAAGGCAACCAACUCUGGUAUCACAGGUCAGACAACCACAGCAAACAGUACUCUAUCUGCGACUGGUCCAAGCAGUACAUUCAACUCUACAACAGAUAUAAAGGCAACAAACUCUGGUAACACAAGUCAGACCAUAAUAGCAAACAGUACUCCAUCUACAACUGGUCCAGGAAAUUCAACAACUGAAACCUCAUCAAUGACACAGUCAACCAGCAUUGGACCAAAUUCAAAUGUGACUACCAAGAGCAUAUCUUCGGCCUCUUCCAAUCUUGCAUCAAGCAAUCAGACAGUGGAAACUACAGGACCUAGCAAACCAACAAUAGUUCAUCUUUCCCAAAAUGACUCAACAACGAGUUCAGCAAAGCCAACAAGUCAAACUUCGCCCCAAAAAACAAUGAGCAAUAGUUCUACCUCCAACACUAUGUCUUCUACGCCUUUUAUAUCUUUACACUCAAGCAGUACAUUCAACUCUACAACAGAUGUAAAAGCAACCAACUCUGGUACCACAGGUCAGACAACCACAGCAAACAGUACUCCCUCAGCGACUGGUCCAGGACAUUCAACAUUUGAAGCCUUAUCUAUGACACAGUCACCCAGCAUUGGACCAAAUUCAAAUGUGACUACAAGUAGCAUCUCUUCGGCCUCUUCCACUCUUGCAUCAAGCAAUCAGAAAGUGGAAACUACAGGACUUAGCAAACCAACAACAAUUCCUGUUUCCCAAACAGACUUAACAAUGAGUUCAGAAAAGCUAACAAAUCGGACUUCGUCUCAACAAACAAUGACCAAUAGUUCUACCUCCAACACUAUGUCUUCUACGCCUUUUACAUCUUUACACUCAAGCAGUACAUUCAACUCUACAACAGAUGUAAAGGCAACCAACUCUGGUAUCACAGGUCAGACAACCACAGCAAACAGUACUCUAUCUGCGACUGGUCCAAGCAGUACAUUCAACUCUACAACAGAUAUAAAGGCAACAAACUCUGCUAACACAAGUCAGACCAUAAUAGCAAACAGUACUCCAUCUACAACUGGUCCAGGAAAUUCAACAACUGAAACCUCAUCAAUGACACAGUCAACCAGCAUUGGACCAAAUUCAAAUGUGACUACCAAGAGCAUAUCUUCGGCCUCUUCCAAUCUUGCAUCAAGCAAUCAGACAGUGGAAACUACAGGACCUAGCCAACCAACAAUAGUUCAUCUUUCCCAAAAUGACUCAACAACAAGUUCAGCAAAGCCAACAAGUCAAACUUCGCCCCAAAAAACAAUGAGCAAUAGUUCUACCUCCAACACUAUGUCUUCUACGCCUUUUAUAUCUUUACACUCAAGCAGUACAUUCAACUCUACAACAGAUGUAAAGGCAACCAACUCUGGUACCACAGGUCAGACAACCACAGCAAACAGUACUCCAUCUGCGACUGGUCCAGGACAUUCAACAACUGAAGCCUUAUCUAUGACACAGUCACCCAGCAUUGGACCAAAUUCAAAUGUGACUACAAGUAGCAUCUCUUCGGCCUCUUCCACUCUUGCAUCAAGCAAUCAGACAGUGGAAACUACAGGACCUAGCAAACCAACAACAAUUCCUGUUUCCCAAACAGACUUAACAAUGAGUUCAGAAAAGCCAACAAAUCGGACUUCGUCUCAACAAACAAUGACCAAUAGUUCUACCUCCAACACUAUGUCUUCUACGCCUUUUACAUCUUUACACUCAAGCAGUACAUUCAACUCUACAACAGAUGUAAAGGCAACAAACUCUGGUAUCACAGGUCAGACAACCACAGCAAACAGUACUCUAUCUGCGACUGGUCCAAGCAGUACAUUCAACUCUACAACAGAUAUAAAGGCAACAAACUCUGGUAACACAAGUCAGACCAUAAUAGCAAACAGUACUCCAUCUACAACUGGUCCAGGAAAUUCAACAACUGAAACCUCAUCAAUGACACAGUCAACCAGCAUUGGACCAAAUUCAAAUGUGACUACAAGAAGCAUCUCUUCGGCCUCUUCCACUCUUGCAUCAAGCAAUCAGACAGUGGAAACUAUAGGACCUAGCAAACCAACAACAAUUCCUGUUUCCCAAACAGACUUAACAAUGAGUUCAGAAAAGCCAACAAAUCGGACUUCGUCUCAACAAACAAUGACCAAUAGUUCUACCUCCAACACUAUGUCUUCUACGCCUUUUACAUCUUUACACUCAAGCAGUACAUUCAACUCUACAACAGAUGUAAAGGCAACCAACUCUGGUACCACAGGUCAGACAACCACAGCAAACAGUACUCUAUCUGCGACUGGUCCAAGCAGUACAUUCAACUCUACAACAGAUAUAAAGGCAACAAACUCUGGUAACACAAGUCAGACCAUAAUAGCAAACAGUACUCCAUCUACAACUGGGCCAGGAAAUUCAACAACUGAAACCUCAUCAAUGACACAGUCAACCAGCAUUGGACCAAAUUCAAAUGUGACUACCAAGAGCAUAUCUUCGGCCUCUUCCAAUCUUGCAUCAAGCAAUCAGACAGUGGAAACUACAGGACCUAGCCAACCAACAAUAGUUCAUCUUUCCCAAAAUGACUCAACAACGAGUUCAGCAAAGCCAACAAGUCAAACUUCGCCCCAAAAAACAAUGAGCAAUAGUUCUACCUCCAACACUAUGUCUUCUACGCCUUUUAUAUCUUUACACUCAAGCAGUACAUUCAACUCUACAACAGAUGUAAAAGCAACCAACUCUGGUACCACAGGUCAGACAACCACAGCAAACAGUACUCCCUCAGCGACUGGUCCAGGACAUUCAACAUUUGAAGCCUUAUCUAUGACACAGUCACCCAGCAUUGGACCAAAUUCAAAUGUGACUACAAGUAGCAUCUCUUCGGCCUCUUCCACUCUUGCAUCAAGCAAUCAGAAAGUGGAAACUACAGGACUUAGCAAACCAACAACAAUUCCUGUUUCCCAAACAGACUUAACAAUGAGUUCAGAAAAGCCAACAAAUCGGACUUCGUCUCAACAAACAAUGACCAAUAGUUCUACCUCCAACACUAUGUCUUCUACGCCUUUUACAUCUUUACACUCAAGCAGUACAUUCAACUCUACAACAGAUGUAAAGGCAACCAACUCUGGUAUCACAGGUCAGACAACCACAGCAAACAGUACUCUAUCUGCGACUGGUCCAAGCAGUACAUUCAACUCUACAACAGAUAUAAAGGCAACAAACUCUGGUAACACAAGUCAGACCAUAAUAGCAAACAGUACUCCAUCUACAACUGGUCCAGGAAAUUCAACAACUGAAACCUCAUCAAUGACACAGUCAACCAGCAUUGGACCAAAUUCAAAUGUGACUACCAAGAGCAUAUCUUCGGCCUCUUCCAAUCUUGCAUCAAGCAAUCAGACAGUGGAAACUACAGGACCUAGCCAACCAACAAUAGUUCAUCUUUCCCAAAAUGACUCAACAACGAGUUCAGCAAAGCCAACAAGUCAAACUUCGCCCCAAAAAACAAUGAGCAAUAGUUCUACCUCCAACACUAUGUCUUCUACGCCUUUUAUAUCUUUACACUCAAGCAGUACAUUCAACUCUACAACAGAUGUAAAGGCAACCAACUCUGGUACCACAGGUCAGACAACCACAGCAAACAGUACUCCAUCUGCGACUGGUCCAGGACAUUCAACAACUGAAGCCUUAUCUAUGACACAGUCACCCAGCAUUGGACCAAAUUCAAAUGUGACUACAAGUAGCAUCUCUUCGGCCUCUUCCACUCUUGCAUCAAGCAAUCAGAAAGUGGAAACUACAGGACUUAGCAAACCAACAACAAUUCCUGUUUCCCAAACAGACUUAACAAUGAGUUCAGAAAAGCUAACAAAUCGGACUUCGUCUCAACAAACAAUGACCAAUAGUUCUACCUCCAACACUAUGUCUUCUACGCCUUUUACAUCUUUACACUCAAGAAGUACAUUCAACUCUACAACAGAUGUAAAGGCAACCAACUUUGGUAUCACAGGUCAGACAACCACAGCAAACAGUACUCUAUCUGCGACUGGUCCAAGCAGUACAUUCAACUCUACAACAGAUAUAAAGGCAACAAACUCUGGUAACACAAGUCAGACCAUAAUAGCAAACAGUACUCCAUCUACAACUGGUCCAGGAAAUUCAACAACUGAAACCUCAUCAAUGACACAGUCAACCAGCAUUGGACCAAAUUCAAAUGUGACUACCAAGAGCAUAUCUUCGGCCUCUUCCAAUCUUGCAUCAAGCAAUCAGACAGUGGAAACUACAGGACCUAGCCAACCAACAAUAGUUCAUCUUUCCCAAAAUGACUCAACAACGAGUUCAGCAAAGCCAACAAGUCAAACUUCGCCCCAAAAAACAAUGAGCAAUAGUUCUACCUCCAACAUUUUGUCUUCUACGCCUUUUAUAUCUUUACACUCAAGCAGUACAUUCAACUCUACAACAGAUGUAAAGGCAACCAACUCUGGUACCACAGGUCAGACAACCAAAGCAAACAGUACUCCAUCUGCGACUGGUCCAGGACAUUCAACAACUGAAGCCUUAUCUAUGACACAGUCACCCAGCAUUGGACCAAAUUCAAAUGUGACUACAAGUAGCAUCUCUUCGGCCUCUUCCACUCUUGCAUCAAGCAAUCAGACAGUGGAAACUACAGGACCUAGCAAACCAACAACAAUUCCUGUUUCCCAAACAGACUUAACAAUGAGUUCAGAAAAGCCAACAAAUCGGACUUCGUCUCAACAAACAAUGACCAAUAGUUCUACCUCCAACACUAUGUCUUCUACGCCUUUUACAUCUUUACACUCAAGCAGUACAUUCAACUCUACAACAGAUGUAAAGGCAACCAACUCUGGUACAACAGGUCAGACAACCACAGCAAACAGUACUCUAUCUGCGACUGGUCCAAGCAGUACAUUCAACUCUACAACAGAUAUAAAGGCAACAAACUCUGGUAACACAAGUCAGACCAUAAUAGCAAACAGUACUACAUCUACAACUGGUCCAGGAAAUUCAACAACUGAAACCUCAUCAAUGACACAGUCAACCAGCAUUGGACCAAAUUCAAAUGUGACUACCAAGAGCAUAUCUUCGGCCUCUUCCAAUCUUGCAUCAAGCAAUCAGACAGUGGAAACUACAGGACCUAGCAAACCAACAAUAGUUCAUCUUUCCCAAAAUGACUCAACAACGAGUUCAGCAAAGCCAACAAGUCAAACUUCGCCCCAAAAAACAAUGAGCAAUAGUUCUACCUCCAACACUAUGUCUUCUACGCCUUUUAUAUCUUUACACUCAAGCAGUACAUUCAACUCUACAACAGAUGUAAAGACAACCAACUCUGGUACCACAGGUCAGACAACCACAGCAAACAGUACUCCAUCUGCGACUGGUCCAGGACAUUCAACAACUGAAGGCUUAUCUAUGACACAGUCACCCAGCAUUGGACCAAAUUCAAAUGUGACUACAAGUAGCAUCUCUUUGGCCUCUUCCACUCUUGCAUCGAGCAAUCAGACAGUGGAAACUACAGGACCUAGCAAACCAACAACAAUUCCUGUUUCCCAAACAGACUUAACAAUGAGUUCAGAAAAGCCAACAAAUCGGACUUCGUCUCAACAAACAAUGACCAAUAGUUCUACCUCCAACACUAUGUCUUCUACGCCUUUUACAUCUUUACACUCAAGCAGUACAUUCAACUCUACAACAGAUGUAAAGGCAACCAACUCUGGUAUCACAGGUCAGACAACCACAGCAAACAGUACUCUAUCUGCGACUGGUCCAAGCAGUACAUUCAACUCUACAACAGAUAUAAAGGCAACAAACUCUGCUAACACAAGUCAGACCAUAAUAGCAAACAGUACUCCAUCUACAACUGGUCCAGGAAAUUCAACAACUGAAACCUCAUCAAUGACACAGUCAACCAGCAUUGGACCAAAUUCAAAUGUGACUACCAAGAGCAUAUCUUCGGCCUCUUCCAAUCUUGCAUCAAGCAAUCAGACAGUGGAAACUACAGGACCUAGCAAACCAACAAUAGUUCAUCUUUCCCAAAAUGACUCAACAACGAGUUCAGCAAAGCCAACAAGUCAAACUUCGCCCCAAAAAACAAUGAGCAAUAGUUCUACCUCCAACACUAUGUCUUCUACGCCUUUUAUAUCUUUACACUCAAGCAGUACAUUCAACUCUACAACAGAUGUAAAGGCAACCAACUCUGGUAUCACAGGUCAGACAACAAUAGCAAACAGUACUCCAUCUACGACAGGUCCUGGACAUUCAACAAAUGAAACCUUAUCAAUGACACAGUCACCCAGCAUUGGACCAAAUUCAAAUGUGACUACCAAUAGCAUAUCUUCGGCCUCUUCCACUCUUGCAUCAACCAAUCAGACAGUGGAAACUACAGGACCUAGCAAACCAACAACAGUUCAUCUUUCGCAAACAGACUCAACAACGAGUUCAGCAAAGCCAACAAAGCAAACUUCGUCCCAACAAACAAUCAGCAAUGGCUCUACCUCAAACACUGUGUCUUCUACGCCUUUUACAUCUUUACACUCAAGCAGUACAUUCAACUCUACAACAGAUGUAAAGGCAACCAACUCUGGUACCACAGGUCAGACAACCACAGCAAACAGUACUCUAUCUGCGACUGGUCUAAGCAGUACAUUCAAUUCUACAACAGAUAUAAAGGCAACAAACUCUGGUAACACAAGUCAGACCAUAAUAGCAAACAGUACUACAUCUACAACUGGUCCAGGAAAUUCAACAACUGAAACCUCAUCAAUGACACAGUCAACCAGCAUUGGACCAAAUUCAAAUGUGACUACAAGAAGCAUCUCUUCGGCCUCUUCCACUCUUGCAUCAAGCAAUCAGACAGUGGAAACUAUAGGACCUAGCAAACCAACAACAAUUCCUGUUUCCCAAACAGACUUAACAAUGAGUUCAGAAAAGCCAACAAAUCGGACUUCGUCUCAACAAACAAUGACCAAUAGUUCUACCUCCAACACUAUGUCUUCUACGCCUUUUACAUCUUUACACUCAAGCAGUACAUUCAACUCUACAACAGAUGUAAAGGCAACCAACUCUGGUACCACAGGUCAGACAACCACAGCAAACAGUACUCUAUCUGCGACUGGUCCAAGCAGUACAUUCAACUCUACAACAGAUAUAAAGGCAACAAACUCUGGUAACACAAGUCAGACCAUAAUAGCAAACAGUACUCCAUCUACAACUGGUCCAGGAAAUUCAACAACUGAAACCUCAUCAAUGACACAGUCAACCAGCAUUGGACCAAAUUCAAAUGUGACUACCAAGAGCAUAUCUUCGGCCUCUUCCAAUCUUGCAUCAAGCAAUCAGACAGUGGAAACUACAGGACCUAGCCAACCAACAAUAGUUCAUCUUUCCCAAAAUGACUCAACAACGAGUUCAGCAAAGCCAACAAGUCAAACUUCGCCCCAAAAAACAAUGAGCAAUAGUUCUACCUCCAACACUAUGUCUUCUACGCCUUUUAUAUCUUUACACUCAAGCAGUACAUUCAACUCUACAACAGAUGUAAAAGCAACCAACUCUGGUACCACAGGUCAGACAACCACAGCAAACAGUACUCCAUCUGCGAGUGGUCCAGGACAUUCAACAUUUGAAGCCUUAUCUAUGACACAGUCACCCAGCAUUGGACCAAAUUCAAAUGUGACUACAAGUAGCAUCUCUUCGGCCUCUUCCACUCUUGCAUCAAGCAAUCAGAAAGUGGAAACUACAGGACUUAGCAAACCAACAACAAUUCCUGUUUCCCAAACAGACUUAACAAUGAGUUCAGAAAAGCUAACAAAUCGGACUUCGUCUCAACAAACAAUGACCAAUAGUUCUACCUCCAACACUAUGUCUUCUACGCCUUUUACAUCUUUACACUCAAGAAGUACAUUCAACUUUACAACAGAUGUAAAGGCAACCAACUCUGGUAUCACAGGUCAGACAACCACAGCAAACAGUACUCUAUCUGCGACUGGUCCAAGCAGUACAUUCAACUCUACAACAGAUAUAAAGGCAACAAACUCUGGUAACACAAGUCAGACCAUAAUAGCAAACAGUACUCCAUCUACAACUGGUCCAGGAAAUUCAACAACUGAAACCUCAUCAAUGACACAGUCAACCAGCAUUGGACCAAAUUCAAAUGUGACUACCAAGAGCAUAUCUUCGGCCUCUUCCAAUCUUGCAUCAAGCAAUCAGACAGUGGAAACUACAGGACCUAGCCAACCAACAAUAGUUCAUCUUUCCCAAAAUGACUCAACAACGAGUUCAGCAAAGCCAACAAGUCAAACUUCGCCCCAAAAAACAAUGAGCAAUAGUUCUACCUCCAACAUUUUGUCUUCUACGCCUUUUAUAUCUUUACACUCAAGCAGUACAUUCAACUCUACAACAGAUGUAAAGGCAACCAACUCUGGUACCACAGGUCAGACAACCAAAGCAAACAGUACUCCAUCUGCGACUGGUCCAGGACAUUCAACAACUGAAGCCUUAUCUAUGACACAGUCACCCAGCAUUGGACCAAAUUCAAAUGUGACUACAAGUAGCAUCUCUUCGGCCUCUUCCACUCUUGCAUCAAGCAAUCAGACAGUGGAAACUACAGGACCUAGCAAACCAACAACAAUUCCUGUUUCCCAAACAGACUUAACAAUGAGUUCAGAAAAGCCAACAAAUCGGACUUCGUCUCAACAAACAAUGACCAAUAGUUCUACCUCCAACACUAUGUCUUCUACGCCUUUUACAUCUUUACACUCAAGCAGUACAUUCAACUCUACAACAGAUGUAAAGGCAACCAACUCUGGUACAACAGGUCAGACAACCACAGCAAACAGUACUCUAUCUGCGACUGGUCCAAGCAGUACAUUCAACUCUACAACAGAUAUAAAGGCAACAAACUCUGGUAACACAAGUCAGACCAUAAUAGCAAACAGUACUCCAUCUACAACUGGUCCAGGAAAUUCAACAACUGAAACCUCAUCAAUGACACAGUCAACCAGCAUUGGACCAAAUUCAAAUGUGACUACCAAGAGCAUAUCUUCGGCCUCUUCCAAUCUUGCAUCAAGCAAUCAGACAGUGGAAACUACAGGACCUAGCAAACCAACAAUAGUUCAUCUUUCCCAAAAUGACUCAACAACGAGUUCAGCAAAGCCAACAAGUCAAACUUCGCCCCAAAAAACAAUGAGCAAUAGUUCUACCUCCAACACUAUGUCUUCUACGCCUUUUAUAUCUUUACACUCAAGCAGUACAUUCAACUCUACAACAGAUGUAAAGACAACCAACUCUGGUACCACAGGUCAGACAACCACAGCAAACAGUACUCCAUCUGCGACUGGUCCAGGACAUUCAACAACUGAAGGCUUAUCUAUGACACAGUCACCCAGCAUUGGACCAAAUUCAAAUGUGACUACAAGUAGCAUCUCUUUGGCCUCUUCCACUCUUGCAUCGAGCAAUCAGACAGUGGAAACUACAGGACCUAGCAAACCAACAACAAUUCCUGUUUCCCAAACAGACUUAACAAUGAGUUCAGAAAAGCCAACAAAUCGGACUUCGUCUCAACAAACAAUGACCAAUAGUUCUACCUCCAACACUAUGUCUUCUACGCCUUUUACAUCUUUACACUCAAGCAGUACAUUCAACUCUACAACAGAUGUAAAGGCAACCAACUCUGGUAUCACAGGUCAGACAACCACAGCAAACAGUACUCUAUCUGCGACUGGUCCAAGCAGUACAUUCAACUCUACAACAGAUAUAAAGGCAACAAACUCUGGUAACACAAGUCAGACCAUAAUAGCAAACAGUACUCCAUCUACAACUGGUCCAGGAAAUUCAACAACUGAAACCUCAUCAAUGACACAGUCAACCAGCAUUGGACCAAAUUCAAAUGUGACUACCAAGAGCAUAUCUUCGGCCUCUUCCAAUCUUGCAUCAAGCAAUCAGACAGUGGAAACUACAGGACCUAGCAAACCAACAAUAGUUCAUCUUUCCCAAAAUGACUCAACAACGAGUUCAGCAAAGCCAACAAGUCAAACUUCGCCCCAAAAAACAAUGAGCAAUAGUUCUACCUCCAACACUAUGUCUUCUACGCCUUUUAUAUCUUUACACUCAAGCAGUACAUUCAACUCUACAACAGAUGUAAAGGCAACCAACUCUGGUAUCACAGGUCAGACAACAAUAGCAAACAGUACUCCAUCUACGACAGGUCCUGGACAUUCAACAAAUGAAACCUUAUCAAUGACACAGUCACCCAGCAUUGGACCAAAUUCAAAUGUGACUACCAAUAGCAUAUCUUCGGCCUCUUCCACUCUUGCAUCAACCAAUCAGACAGUGGAAACUACAGGACCUAGCAAACCAACAACAGUUCAUCUUUCGCAAACAGACUCAACAACGAGUUCAGCAAAGCCAACAAAGCAAACUUCGUCCCAACAAACAAUCAGCAAUGGCUCUACCUCAAACACUGUGUCUUCUACGCCUUUUACAUCUUUACACUCAAGCAGUACAUUCAACUCUACAACAGAUGUAAAGGCAACCAACUCUGGUACCACAGGUCAGACAACCACAGCAAACAGUACUCUAUCUGCGACUGGUCUAAGCAGUACAUUCAAUUCUACAACAGAUAUAAAGGCAACAAACUCUGGUAACACAAGUCAGACCAUAAUAGCAAACAGUACUACAUCUACAACUGGUCCAGGAAAUUCAACAACUGAAACCUCAUCAAUGACACAGUCAACCAGCAUUGGACCAAAUUCAAAUGUGACUACAAGAAGCAUCUCUUCGGCCUCUUCCACUCUUGCAUCAAGCAAUCAGACAGUGGAAACUAUAGGACCUAGCAAACCAACAACAAUUCCUGUUUCCCAAACAGACUUAACAAUGAGUUCAGAAAAGCCAACAAAUCGGACUUCGUCUCAACAAACAAUGACCAAUAGUUCUACCUCCAACACUAUGUCUUCUACGCCUUUUACAUCUUUACACUCAAGCAGUACAUUCAACUCUACAACAGAUGUAAAGGCAACCAACUCUGGUACCACAGGUCAGACAACCACAGCAAACAGUACUCUAUCUGCGACUGGUCCAAGCAGUACAUUCAACUCUACAACAGAUAUAAAGGCAACAAACUCUGGUAACACAAGUCAGACCAUAAUAGCAAACAGUACUCCAUCUACAACUGGUCCAGGAAAUUCAACAACUGAAACCUCAUCAAUGACACAGUCAACCAGCAUUGGACCAAAUUCAAAUGUGACUACCAAGAGCAUAUCUUCGGCCUCUUCCAAUCUUGCAUCAAGCAAUCAGACAGUGGAAACUACAGGACCUAGCCAACCAACAAUAGUUCAUCUUUCCCAAAAUGACUCAACAACGAGUUCAGCAAAGCCAACAAGUCAAACUUCGCCCCAAAAAACAAUGAGCAAUAGUUCUACCUCCAACACUAUGUCUUCUACGCCUUUUAUAUCUUUACACUCAAGCAGUACAUUCAACUCUACAACAGAUGUAAAAGCAACCAACUCUGGUACCACAGGUCAGACAACCACAGCAAACAGUACUCCAUCUGCGAGUGGUCCAGGACAUUCAACAUUUGAAGCCUUAUCUAUGACACAGUCACCCAGCAUUGGACCAAAUUCAAAUGUGACUACAAGUAGCAUCUCUUCGGCCUCUUCCACUCUUGCAUCAAGCAAUCAGAAAGUGGAAACUACAGGACUUAGCAAACCAACAACAAUUCCUGUUUCCCAAACAGACUUAACAAUGAGUUCAGAAAAGCCAACAAAUCGGACUUCGUCUCAACAAACAAUGACCAAUAGUUCUACCUCCAACACUAUGUCUUCUACGCCUUUUACAUCUUUACACUCAAGCAGUACAUUCAACUCUACAACAGAUGUAAAGGCAACCAACUCUGGUAUCACAGGUCAGACAACCACAGCAAACAGUACUCUAUCUGCGACUGGUUCAAGCAGUACAUUCAACUCUACAACAGAUAUAAAGGCAACAAACUCUGGUAACACAAGUCAGACCAUAAUAGCAAACAGUACUCCAUCUACAACUGGUCCAGGAAAUUCAACAACUGAAACCUCAUCAAUGACACAGUCAACCAGCAUUGGACCAAAUUCAAAUGUGACUACCAAGAGCAUAUCUUCGGCCUCUUCCAAUCUUGCAUCAAGCAAUCAGACAGUGGAAACUACAGGACCUAGCAAACCAACAAUAGUUCAUCUUUCCCAAAAUGACUCAACAACGAGUUCAGCAAAGCCAACAAGUCAAACUUCGCCCCAACAAACAAUGAGCAAUAGUUCUACCUCCAACACUAUGUCUUCUACGCCUUUUAUAUCUUUACACUCAAGCAGUACAUUCAACUCUACAACAGAUGUAAAGGCAACCAACUCUGGUACCACAGGUCAGACAACCACAGCAAACAGUACUCCAUCUGCGACUGGUCCAGGACAUUCAACAACUGAAGCCUUAUCUAUGACACAGUCACCAAGCAUUGGACCAAAUUCAAAUGUGACUACAAGUAGCAUCUCUUCGGCCUCUUCCACUCUUGCAUCAAGCAAUCAGACAGUGGAAACUACAGGACCUAGCAAACCAACAACAAUUCCUGUUUCCCAAACAGACUUAACAAUGAGUUCAGAAAAGCCAACAAAUCGGACUUCGUCUCAACAAACAAUGACCAAUAGUUCUACCUCCAACACUAUGUCUUCUACGCCUUUUACAUCUUUACACUCAAGCAGUACAUUCAACUCUACAACAGAUGUAAAGGCAACCAACUCUGGUAUCACAGGUCAGACAACCACAGCAAAUAGUACUCUAUCUGCGACUGGUCCAAGCAGUACAUUCAACUCUACAACAGAUAUAAAGGCAACAAACUCUGGUAACACAAGUCAGACCAUAAUAGCAAACAGUACUCCAUCUACAACUGGUCCAGGAAAUUCAACAACUGAAACCUCAUCAAUGACACAGUCAACCAGCAUUGGACCAAAUUCAAAUGUGACUACCAAGAGCAUAUCUUCGGCCUCUUCCAAUCUUGCAUCAAGCAAUCAGACAGUGGAAACUACAGGACCUAGCAAACCAACAAUAGUUCAUCUUUCCCAAAAUGACUCAACAACGAGUUCAGCAAAGCCAACAAGUCAAACUUCGCCCCAAAAAACAAUGAGCAAUAGUUCUACCUCCAACACUAUGUCUUCUACGCCUUUUAUAUCUUUACACUCAAGCAGUACAUUCAACUCUACAACAGAUGUAAAGACAACCAACUCUGGUACCACAGGUCAGACAACCACAGCAAACAGUACUCCAUCUGCGACUGGUCCAGGACAUUCAACAACUGAAGCCUUAUCUAUGACACAGUCACCCAGCAUUGGACCAAAUUCAAAUGUGACUACAAGUAGCAUCUCUUUGGCCUCUUCCACUCUUGCAUCGAGCAAUCAGACAGUGGAAACUACAGGACCUAGCAAACCAACAACAAUUCCUGUUUCCCAAACAGACUUAACAAUGAGUUCAGAAAAGCCAACAAAUCGGACUUCGUCUCAACAAACAAUGACCAAUAGUUCUACCUCCAACACAAUGUCUUCUACGCCUUUUACACCUUUACACCCAAGCAGUACAUUCAACUCUACAACAGAUGUAAAGGCAACCAACUCUGGUAUCACAGGUCAGACAACCACAGCAAACAGUAUUCUAUCUACGACUGGUCCAAGCAGUACAUUCAACUCUACAACAGAUAUAAAGGCAACAAACUCUGGUAACACAAGUCAGACCAUAAUAGCAAACAGUACUCCAUCUACAACUGGUCCAGGAAAUUCAACAACUGAAACCUCAUCAAUGACACAGUCAACCAGCAUUGGACCAAAUUCAAAUGUGACUACCAAGAGCAUAUCUUCGGCCUCUUCCAAUCUUGCAUCAAGCAAUCAGACAGUGGAAACUACAGGACCUAGCCAACCAACAAUAGUUCAUCUUUCCCAAAAUGACUCAACAACGAGUUCAGCAAAGCCAACAAGUCAAACUUCGCCCCAAAAAACAAUGAGCAAUAGUUCUACCUCCAACACUAUGUCUUCUACGCCUUUUAUAUCUUUACACUCAAGCAGUACAUUCAACUCUACAACAGAUGUAAAAGCAACCAACUCUGGUACCACAGGUCAGACAACCACAGCAAACAGUACUCCAUCUGCGAGUGGUCCAGGACAUUCAACAUUUGAAGCCUUAUCUAUGACACAGUCACCCAGCAUUGGACCAAAUUCAAAUGUGACUACAAGUAGCAUCUCUUCGGCCUCUUCCACUCUUGCAUCAAGCAAUCAGAAAGUGGAAACUACAGGACUUAGCAAACCAACAACAAUUCCUGUUUCCCAAACAGACUUAACAAUGAGUUCAGAAAAGCCAACAAAUCGGACUUCGUCUCAACAAACAAUGACCAAUAGUUCUACCUCCAACACUAUGUCUUCUACGCCUUUUACAUCUUUACACUCAAGCAGUACAUUCAACUCUACAACAGAUGUAAAGGCAACCAACUCUGGUAUCACAGGUCAGACAACCACAGCAAACAGUACUCUAUCUGCGACUGGUUCAAGCAGUACAUUCAACUCUACAACAGAUAUAAAGGCAACAAACUCUGGUAACACAAGUCAGACCAUAAUAGCAAACAGUACUCCAUCUACAACUGGUCCAGGAAAUUCAACAACUGAAACCUCAUCAAUGACACAGUCAACCAGCAUUGGACCAAAUUCAAAUGUGACUACCAAGAGCAUAUCUUCGGCCUCUUCCAAUCUUGCAUCAAGCAAUCAGACAGUGGAAACUACAGGACCUAGCAAACCAACAAUAGUUCAUCUUUCCCAAAAUGACUCAACAACGAGUUCAGCAAAGCCAACAAGUCAAACUUCGCCCCAACAAACAAUGAGCAAUAGUUCUACCUCCAACACUAUGUCUUCUACGCCUUUUAUAUCUUUACACUCAAGCAGUACAUUCAACUCUACAACAGAUGUAAAGACAACCAACUCUGGUACCACAGGUCAGACAACCACAGCAAACAGUACUCCAUCUGCGACUGGUCCAGGACAUUCAACAACUGAAGCCUUAUCUAUGACACAGUCACCCAGCAUUGGACCAAAUUCAAAUGUGACUACAAGUAGCAUCUCUUUGGCCUCUUCCACUCUUGCAUCGAGCAAUCAGACAGUGGAAACUACAGGACCUAGCAAACCAACAACAAUUCCUGUUUCCCAAACAGACUUAACAAUGAGUUCAGAAAAGCCAACAAAUCGGACUUCGUCUCAACAAACAAUGACCAAUAGUUCUACCUCCAACACAAUGUCUUCUACGCCUUUUACACCUUUACACCCAAGCAGUACAUUCAACUCUACAACAGAUGUAAAGGCAACCAACUCUGGUAUCACAGGUCAGACAACCACAGCAAACAGUAUUCUAUCUACGACUGGUCCAAGCAGUACAUUCAACUCUACAACAGAUAUAAAGGCAACAAACUCUGGUAACACAAGUCAGACCAUAAUAGCAAACAGUACUCCAUCUACAACUGGUCCAGGAAAUUCAACAACUGAAACCUCAUCAAUGACACAGUCAACCAGCAUUGGACCAAAUUCAAAUGUGACUACCAAGAGCAUAUCUUCGGCCUCUUCCAAUCUUGCAUCAAGCAAUCAGACAGUGGAAACUACAGGACCUAGCCAACCAACAAUAGUUCAUCUUUCCCAAAAUGACUCAACAACGAGUUCAGCAAAGCCAACAAGUCAAACUUCGCCCCAAAAAACAAUGAGCAAUAGUUCUACCUCCAACACUAUGUCUUCUACGCCUUUUAUAUCUUUACACUCAAGCAGUACAUUCAACUCUACAACAGAUGUAAAAGCAACCAACUCUGGUACCACAGGUCAGACAACCACAGCAAACAGUACUCCAUCUGCGAGUGGUCCAGGACAUUCAACAUUUGAAGCCUUAUCUAUGACACAGUCACCCAGCAUUGGACCAAAUUCAAAUGUGACUACAAGUAGCAUCUCUUCGGCCUCUUCCACUCUUGCAUCAAGCAAUCAGAAAGUGGAAACUACAGGACUUAGCAAACCAACAACAAUUCCUGUUUCCCAAACAGACUUAACAAUGAGUUCAGAAAAGCCAACAAAUCGGACUUCGUCUCAACAAACAAUGACCAAUAGUUCUACCUCCAACACUAUGUCUUCUACGCCUUUUACAUCUUUACACUCAAGCAGUACAUUCAACUCUACAACAGAUGUAAAGGCAACCAACUCUGGUAUCACAGGUCAGACAACCACAGCAAACAGUACUCUAUCUGCGACUGGUUCAAGCAGUACAUUCAACUCUACAACAGAUAUAAAGGCAACAAACUCUGGUAACACAAGUCAGACCAUAAUAGCAAACAGUACUCCAUCUACAACUGGUCCAGGAAAUUCAACAACUGAAACCUCAUCAAUGACACAGUCAACCAGCAUUGGACCAAAUUCAAAUGUGACUACCAAGAGCAUAUCUUCGGCCUCUUCCAAUCUUGCAUCAAGCAAUCAGACAGUGGAAACUACAGGACCUAGCAAACCAACAAUAGUUCAUCUUUCCCAAAAUGACUCAACAACGAGUUCAGCAAAGCCAACAAGUCAAACUUCGCCCCAACAAACAAUGAGCAAUAGUUCUACCUCCAACACUAUGUCUUCUACGCCUUUUAUAUCUUUACACUCAAGCAGUACAUUCAACUCUACAACAGAUGUAAAGGCAACCAACUCUGGUACCACAGGUCAGACAACCACAGCAAACAGUACUCCAUCUGCGACUGGUCCAGGACAUUCAACAACUGAAGCCUUAUCUAUGACACAGUCACCAAGCAUUGGACCAAAUUCAAAUGUGACUACAAGUAGCAUCUCUUCGGCCUCUUCCACUCUUGCAUCAAGCAAUCAGACAGUGGAAACUACAGGACCUAGCAAACCAACAACAAUUCCUGUUUCCCAAACAGACUUAACAAUGAGUUCAGAAAAGCCAACAAAUCGGACUUCGUCUCAACAAACAAUGACCAAUAGUUCUACCUCCAACACUAUGUCUUCUACGCCUUUUACAUCUUUACACUCAAGCAGUACAUUCAACUCUACAACAGAUGUAAAGGCAACCAACUCUGGUAUCACACGUCAGACAACCACAGCAAAUAGUACUCUAUCUGCGACUGGUCCAAGCAGUACAUUCAACUCUACAACAGAUAUAAAGGCAACAAACUCUGGUAACACAAGUCAGACCAUAAUAGCAAACAGUACUCCAUCUACAACUGGUCCAGGAAAUUCAACAACUGAAACCUCAUCAAUGACACAGUCAACCAGCAUUGGACCAAAUUCAAAUGUGACUACCAAGAGCAUAUCUUCGGCCUCUUCCAAUCUUGCAUCAAGCAAUCAGACAGUGGAAACUACAGGACCUAGCAAACCAACAAUAGUUCAUCUUUCCCAAAAUGACUCAACAACGAGUUCAGCAAAGCCAACAAGUCAAACUUCGCCCCAAAAAACAAUGAGCAAUAGUUCUACCUCCAACACUAUGUCUUCUACGCCUUUUAUAUCUUUACACUCAAGCAGUACAUUCAACUCUACAACAGAUGUAAAGACAACCAACUCUGGUACCACAGGUCAGACAACCACAGCAAACAGUACUCCAUCUGCGACUGGUCCAGGACAUUCAACAACUGAAGCCUUAUCUAUGACACAGUCACCCAGCAUUGGACCAAAUUCAAAUGUGACUACAAGUAGCAUCUCUUUGGCCUCUUCCACUCUUGCAUCGAGCAAUCAGACAGUGGAAACUACAGGACCUAGCAAACCAACAACAAUUCCUGUUUCCCAAACAGACUUAACAAUGAGUUCAGAAAAGCCAACAAAUCGGACUUCGUCUCAACAAACAAUGACCAAUAGUUCUACCUCCAACACAAUGUCUUCUACGCCUUUUACACCUUUACACCCAAGCAGUACAUUCAACUCUACAACAGAUGUAAAGGCAACCAACUCUGGUAUCACAGGUCAGACAACCACAGCAAACAGUAUUCUAUCUACGACUGGUCCAAGCAGUACAUUCAACUCUACAACAGAUAUAAAGGCAACAAACUCUGGUAACACAAGUCAGACCAUAAUAGCAAACAGUACUCCAUCUACAACCGGUCCAGGAAAUUCAACAACUGAAACCUCAUCAAUGACACAGUCAACCAGCAUUGGACCAAAUUCAAAUGUGACUACCAAGAGCGUAUUUCCGGCCUCUUCCAAUCUUGCAUCGAGCAAUCAGACAGUGGAAACUACAGGACCUAGCAAACCAACAAUAGUUCAUCUUUCCCAAAAUGACUCAACAACGAGUUCAGCAAAGCCAACAAGUCAAACUUCGCCCCAACAAACAAUGAGCAAUAGUUCUACCUCCAACACUAUGUCUUCUACGCCUUUUACAUCUUUACACUCAAGCAGUACAUUCAACUGUACAACAGAUGUAAAGGCAACCAACUCUGGUAUCACAGGUCUGACAACUAUAGCAAACAGUACUCCAUCUACGACAGGUCCAGGACAUUCAACAAAUGAAACCUUAUCAAUGACACAACUCAACAACGAGUUCAGCAAAGCCAACAAAGCAAACUUCGUCCCAACAAACAAUCAGCAAUGGCUCUACCUCAAACACUGUGUCUUCUACGCCUUUUACAUCUUUACACUCAAGCAGUACAUUUAA